UCUUCCGCUAAGGGGAAACUCUGCCGAAAUUUCGUGGACGCCGACACUUGUGAAAAUAUCGAGGGAGCUGAGUGUGGACAGCAAAGGGGAGCUGAAAUUCGUUAUUUCUCAAGGAGAAGAUGAAUGAGAGAGGAGGAGAUGCUAAUGGAAGAGGAGCUGUACCUGAGAAGACAAGUUAAGGGAGCUAAUGGGGAGCUUGUGGGGCUUGGGAAUGUUCUGCUGGUUGAAGGUUUGUGUGCUAACCUUCUCUCUGUGCGGCGACUGCAGAAGAGCAAGGCCGAAGUGACCUUUGGACCAACCAGCUGCCGUGCUAAGCUUGGGAAGAAGCACUACAGGACCAGCCAAGACCCCACUUGCACUUGUGCACAUGGAUGUGGUGGGGCCCACAAGAGCCCCUUCCCUCUCAGGCAACCGCUAUUUCUUGACAAUUGUGGAUGACCACACUCGGGCAGUGUGGGUUUACCCUUUGAAGAGCAAGGG